GGUCAAUUGUGGGAUGGGACAUGUCAACAUCGGUGUGUGCCGCCGCGGGGCAGCUGAUGUUUUGCUUACCUACGAGCUGACAGUUGGCGACCUGAGAUGCAGGGCCAGUCGAAAUCUGCAGCGCCAGACUGAAGCUGUGCUUUAUUUAUUUAUUUAUUAAUUCUUCUUGUUUUAUUUUGCGCUGUAGGUCUGUACUCGUCAUCUGAACUGGUCUUGAAGAGUUUGAGGUGGGAAAAAAAACGAAAAAUAAGAGCAGUAAAGAGAAAGAAGCUUGAGACGGGAUGCUCUGCGGCGCCCGCCUCCGUCGCGGGCCGAGCCGGCUGCUGCCAAGGGGUAUGCUCCCGGCGGCCGUGUUGGCGCUGAGAAACGCCCAACCGGCCCCGUCCAGGCUUGCGCGGAGCUACUCCAGUGACCACGCACACCACGAGGCCCGGAUUGAGAGCAUCCGCAACAUUGGCAUCAUCGCCCACGUCGAUGCGGGCAAGACGACGACCACCGAGCGCAUGCUCUACCACAGCGGCCGGACACGCCACAUCGGGAAUGUCGACCAUGGCAACACGACCACCGAUUUCCUCCCCAUGGAGCGGGAGCGCGGCAUCACCAUCCAGUCGGCCGCCAUCACCUUCCAGUGGCCCCCCAAGUCGCUGUGCCCGCCGGGCCUCGAGCCCAAGACGAUCAACCUGAUUGACACCCCGGGCCACCAGGACUUCCGCUACGAGGUUGACCGCUGCCUGCCCAUCCUCGACGGUGCCGUGUGCAUUCUCGACUCGGUCAAGGGCGUCGAGACGCACACCGAGCGUGUCUGGGAGUCGGCGCAACUGUCCAGGAUUCCCCGCCUGCUCUUCGUCAACAAGCUGGACCGAGACGGCGCCAGCUUCAAGCGGUCCGUCCUCGAGGUGGCAUCCCGGCUGCGCACCUGGCCUCUCCUCUGCCAGAUCCCCUGGUGGCAGAAGGACGACUUCGUCGGCGUCAUCGAUGUGAUCCACGAGCUCGGCCUGCGCUUCUCCAGCACCGGCGCCAUGUCGGUCGUCAGCAAGGAGAGCAUCGCGAGGGAGAACCCGGCGCUGCGGGACGAGAUGGCGACGGCCCGCCUGCGCCUGGUCGAGACCCUCUCGGAGCACGACGACCAGGUCAUGGAGGAGUUCCUCGAGCUCGAGAAGGACGUGCCCUCGGCCUCGAUCAAGCAGGCCAUUCGCCGUCUGAUCAUGGACGGGGACGCCAAGUUCACGCCAGUUUUCGCAGGCGCCAGCUUGCGCAACAUCGGCGUCCAACCGCUGCUGGACGCCGUUGUCGACUACCUGCCCAGCCCAUCCGAGAGGCCCCCGCUGGAAAUCAUGGGCGCCAAGGCUCCCACCUUGGCCAAGCUUCUGGAGGAGACUGUCAGGAGAAAGGGGCAGCACCAGGCCGAACCGCCCAUUGUCGCUCUCGCGCACGUCUUCAAGGUCGUCGACGAUCCGCGCCGGGGCAUGAUGAGCUGGGUGCGCGUCUACCACGGCGCGCUCAGCCGCAGCAGCCACAUGUGGAAUAGCAACGUCCACUCGUUCGAGAAGCCGCAGCACAUCCUCCACGUGUCGGCCAAGGACUAUCACGAAAUCCAGCAUCUGCCGACAGGACAUAUCGGCGCCCUGACCGGCCUCAAGUCCGCCCGCACCGGCGACACCCUGAUCACGUAUCCGGGCCACCAGGGCAGCACCGCCCCCGAGGCCUUCAGGAACCUCCGCAUCAGGGCGCCCGAGACACCGCCCGCCGUCGCAUUCAUCGCCAUCGAGCCGUACACGCGCACGGCAGGCGAGAAGCUCGAGGAGGCGCUCAACAAGCUCUCGCGCGAGGACCCCAGCAUCCGGUGGAGCAAGGACGAGAAGACCGAACAGCUGAUCCUGUCCGGCAUGGGCCUGCUGCACCUCGAAAUUGCUCAGGACCGGCUCCUGACGCACUACAAGAUCGACCGCGAAUCGGCCAUGUGGGGCGAGAUCGAGGUCGAGUACUCCGAGUGCCUCUUGGCGCCGACCGGGCCCCAGCGCGCCGUGUACGACCGCCCGAUCCGCGACAAGGCGGGCAAGGCAGCCUGCACGGUCAGCAUCGAGCCGCUCGAGGAGCACCACCACCACCACGAUUCGCUCCUCGAGUCCAGCGUCGAGCGCGACGGCAACAUCAUCCACAUCGCCAUCCCGCUGCCGCGCGACGCCGCCACCGGCGCCGACCCCAAGCUCCUCGCCUUCGACCCGGAGCUCGUCCGGCAGCAGCUCUUCAACGGCGUGGUGGCGGGCCUCACGCGCGGGCCGCGCCGCAGCGCGCCGGUCCGGCGCUGCCACGUGCAUCUCACCUUCGACCCGGCGACCGACUUCUUCGGCGCGGCCACGACGGGCGGGCACAUCACCAACGCGGCGCUGCAGGCCGUGCGCGGCGCGCUCAAGGCCGCGCACGCCGCCGGCCACGUCGGCGUGCUCGAGCCCUUCGCGCACGUGCGCAUCCACUGCCCGGAGGAGGCCGGCCACGCGAUCCAGCACGACCUGGUCGCCGCGCGCGGCGGGCAGGUGCUGGAGGUGCGCAAGGCCGAUGAGGACGACGCCGACAACUACAGCCAAGACCACACCACCACCUCCGAAGACGACGGCAGCGGCGAAGCCGCAGCCGCAGCCAACUCCCGCCCCCGCGCCAUCGACGUGAGCAAGGUGUACGCGCCGCCGGAUCCGUACGAGUCGGUGCAGAGCCUGCGCGGGCCCAAGCGGGCGGUCGUGCGCAUGCUGACCAUCCUCGGCAAGGCGCCGCUGCGCGACAUGCUCGCGUACGACAGCCACCUGCGCAGCCUGACCGGCGGCCGCCACACCCUGCAGCUCGACCCGGGCGGCUUCGAGCUGGUCACCGGCGCGCGGGAGAGGGCGCUGGAGGAGAGGUAGGAAAUGUAAGAAAAGAGAGGGGAGGAGAGGAGAGGAGAGGAGAGGAGGAGUGAAGUUGGCCCGUGGUGUCCGGAUUGGGUAGCGGUGUGUUCUGUGUGUAAGCGGCUAUGGCGGUUGUAAGUAACUAGUGGAAACGUGUCUGAGGGGGUUGCGGCCGCAGUGCUGCUGCUGGGGCUGAUGAUGAGAUGCCUUCCCCCGCCAGUUUCGUGUUCCACCCCUUCUCCUACUGUACAGUAGUGCACAUAGGUCCUGUGUGCGUGUAUCCUCAAUGGAGUCAACGGGGGCCGAUUUUCGUUUAGGGAAUGGCGAACAGUUCGUUAGUCCACCAGACUUUUCAUUGUUUUGUGGAA